GGGCGGGGCGUGGGCGUGCCCAGCGGCGCUGCGAGCGGCUUGUUGUGCGCGCUGCGGAGCCGUUAGCCUCCCGCUGCCCAGGCCCUGCCGAGCUGCCGACAGGUAUGAUCUCCAAGGAAUACUGCUCAGCAGCUUCAAAACUUGAGUGGUAGAACAGUGUCCAAGACAGAUAGCCAAGUUUGCUUCUGAGUCAACCAUGACUUGUGGGUAGGCAUGUCAACAAAUAUCAUCCAUGCUUUGAAGAAACAAGAGGAGGUCUCUUUGUAGAGCCCUGAAGUUCUCCUUGAAGCACUUCAGCAAGAUCCCUGAGAUAUAAUAUAAAAUGUCUAAUGGUUAUGAAGAUCACAUGGCUGAAGAUUGCAGGGAUGAUAUUGGUAGAACAAAUUUAAUUGUGAACUACCUCCCUCAGAACAUGACGCAAGAUGAGUUACGGAGUCUAUUUAGCAGUAUUGGCGAAGUUGAAUCUGCAAAACUUAUUCGGGACAAAGUUGCAGGACACAGUUUAGGCUAUGGCUUUGUGAACUAUGUGACUGCAAAAGAUGCUGAAAGAGCAAUAAACACACUGAAUGGUCUCAGACUCCAGUCAAAAACCAUCAAGGUUUCCUAUGCUCGUCCAAGUUCUGAAGUUAUCAAAGAUGCUAACUUAUACAUUAGUGGACUACCAAGGUCAAUGACGCAAAAAGAUGUAGAAGAUAUGUUUUCACGUUUUGGACGCAUCAUCAACUCGCGUGUGCUUGUGGAUCAAACUACGGGUUUGUCCAGAGGGGUCGCAUUUAUCCGGUUUGACAAAAGGUCAGAAGCAGAAGAGGCAAUUACAAAUUUCAAUGGUCACAAACCCCCAGGUUCCUCCGAACCCAUUACAGUGAAGUUUGCAGCCAAUCCUAACCAGAACAAAAAUGUGGCACUGUUAUCGCAGCUGUGUCAUUCACCAGCUAGACGAUUUGGAGGGCCAGUUCAUCACCAGGCGCAAAGAUUCAGGUCAGCAGAGAAUCAGGAACUGCCACCGCCAUGUUCUUGGCAGAAAGCAGCACGUGUACCGCUUUUAAGUGGUUUGCAUAUCACCAGUGGUACACCACAGUUUGGGAACCCCUGGUUCUCUCCUAUGGGUGUAGAUCACAUGAGUGGGCUUUCUGGUGUAAAUGUUCCAGGAAACGCAUCUUCUGGCUGGUGUAUCUUCAUCUACAACCUUGGUCAAGAUGCUGAUGAGGGAAUCCUCUGGCAGAUGUUUGGCCCCUUUGGUGCGGUUACCAAUGUGAAAGUUAUUCGAGAUUUCAACACCAACAAGUGCAAAGGUUUUGGUUUUGUGACCAUGACAAACUAUGAAGAAGCUGCAAUGGCCAUAGCAAGUCUUAAUGGCUACCGCCUGGGGGACAAAAUCUUACAGGUUUCCUUCAAAACCAACAAGUCCCACAAAUAACUUGCUCGUGCUUUUUGUAUGGAAUAGAUAAUUGAGUGACAGAAGUUGAAACAUUUUUGUUAGUGUAAAACUCAUUUUGCGCCAAUUUUCACAAGUGUUUGUCUUAGUCUAAAUGAGAAGUGAAAAAGGUUUUAUAUUCUGGGAUGCAACUGACAUGUUCAAAUGUUUGAAAUCCCACAAUGUUAGACCAAUUUUAAGUUCCUUUAAGUUAUUUCAUUUAAAACAUAUUAAAAAUCCCCUGAAAUCUUAAGUAGAUUGCAUUAACUAGACCCUCUGGAUGGUGGUAAAAUUGAAGCAUGCUUUCACUUAUGAGACUAACAUUUGUUCCAUUGAAUGUUGUCUGCAAAAACUGGAAUUUUUUUAAAACUAUCAGGCUGAAUCCAUUAGUUUUCUUGUUUUUUAUGUUGUUGUUUUUUCCUCCCCAUUCCCUUGAUCUUCUCCUCUACCCCAGACUCAGUCGUAUGGAAGAAAAGUUGAGAAAUACUAAUGUUUUAGUUGACAGUAAAAUGCUUUAUCAAUUAAUAUUCAUUGCUACGUAUAGUUGAGGAUUAGGCUUUAUAAAGUUAAGGUCUUGUAAGUAGUAGCAUGCCAGCAUAACUUUUAACACCAUUGAUGAGGUAAGUUGCACACUGAACAGUGGCCAAGUUGUCAAAUUAAAAGGUUUUAGAAAUAUUACUUUUAAAGCCCACUUUGUAAUAGGAAUGGACCAAAGAGUUUCAAAGAAACUCCGGGAAGAUUUCAGAGUCAAAAUGAAACUCCAAAAAAGUGUGAAUAUAUGUUGCUACUUUAUCAAACUGAAUCUCUUCUGUCCAAAUAUUUAAUGCAUGGUGCACUACUUACUGGUACAUUAUAAUGCAGCAAGAUACUUACUCAUUUUCAAAGAUCAUUAUAGUUUGAAUUCCUUUGGUAGUUCUAUUUUGUAAAGAAAAAAACAGUUAUAAACAUUUGAGCAUUGUAUUUCUCGCAUCCCUUCUAAUGAGUGCUAGAUUUUUCUAUUUUAAUAGGAUUUUGUUUUGACGACUAGCUUUACUUAUUGAACACUCAGCAGAAAAGUACUUACUUCUUGCAAGUUAGAUAUUAACAAAAAAAACCUUUGAUUUGUAGAUUGAAAGAUUAAUCCCCCAAGUUUUCUGCAGACUGCCUUGAAACUUUGAGUUGUUCUGUUUCUGUUAAUUUUCUUUUGCUUUUUUGUGUUUUUUGUUUGUUUUUACUUUUGCAUUUAAGAACAUUAAAUUUGAUUUUGUUUUGCUCAAA